AUGAUACAAUUGCCGAAAAAACAUCGUAAUCCUAAAGAAGUUCAAGGUCUUUGCCAAUGCCGUCCAGUAUGCAAGAGUCGGAGACGCGAGUGGAAGGGAGAGGUGCAGAACACGUCAGCUGAGCUGCUGCUGGAGAGGAAACCGCUACCGCUAUGCUUUAAGAGAUGGCCCACGAAAGUAUACCCAAACAGUCCCUGCCCACUCCUGGGUCGCACGCGGCGCAUCACGGUCAACGACCGCUAUGCCAUCCACAAGCCCCACGUGGUGAGGAUCUGCCAGGCUCCAAUAGACGACUCUGUGGACACCCCGUAUCUGAGAUAUGCACAAAUGGCUAAAGCUAUGGGAGCCUGGGGUGCAGUCCACGCGUGCUGUGCGUUCUGCGAAUGCGGUGCUUGUUGUCCGUGCGGUAUCCGCGAGUACGUGCUGCACGACGCUGAGCGCGAGGCUCGCCGCCACUCCGAGAUGCGCGCCUUCGAUGCCCGCGUCAAGACCGACCAUCAGAUCAUGCGCAUUAUGUACGACAAAAUCUGAUCAAUCACCAGACUGCUUACGAGUUUUGUAACG